CAUUGUGUUAGUAAAAGAUUGGUCAAAAUGAAUAUGAAGUAACUGAAUCAAAGAGGCGUAAAGCAUUUGGUAAUGUAAUAUUCAGAUUAAGACUGGAGGGAAGGGAAAUGACUAUAUAAGCCAGAUUCGCUCACAUUGAAGUCAGUCUUGAUUUGGUUCUGACAAUCCAAGCUUGAAGAAAAAAUGAAAUUAUUCAUCGUUCUUGCUGCCUGCAUGGCUGUCGCUUCUGCUCUCUACGGCGGAGAAGAGGGUCAUCAUGAACACGUCGACUACUAUGCUCCUCCUCAUUACAGCUUCGAGUACAAAGUUGAGGACAAGCACACAGGUGAUUACAAGAGCCAACACGAAACCAGGGAAGGAGACAAAGUCAAGGGAUUCUACAUGCUGAAAGACCCCGACGGUACUGUCAGGGAAGUCCAUUACACCGCUGACAAACACAACGGUUUCAACGCCGAAGUCAAGAGGGUCGGACACGCCGUCCACCACUACCCCCUGUACCAUCAUUACUGAUUUUCUGUAUAAACUGGCUGCAUUAAAAUGAAUGAUAAAAAUUCUCUUGUUCUUAAA